AUGCUGCCUGGAAUUGCCGCAGAAAUGGCCAACAGCCACGACCAACCCAAAUAUGGCACGAAUAUCCAAAGUCUCGAGGCCGACACAGAAUAUAUCCUGCCCAUUGCCACAGAGAACGAUCCAGAUAGCGACUACUUCCCGGACGAUGUCAACAUGGUCGAGUCGGCACCGCGAGAUUCAGAGGGUCAUGGUGAGUGCUCCGUCACGCAGGCGACACGGUCCCUCCUUUCAGCGACACGCCAGGCUCCCUCUCCACCACAUUCGGAGGAAGACAGCCAGGAAGAGUCCGAUCACGAGUACGUGUCACGGAACAAGAUCGUCGAUGGUGUCAUUAGACACAUCGUUUCAGAACCCGGCGACUUCCAGAAUAUGUUGCCGCCUUACAUGAUCUUCGAAAUCGAGUUCGCAAACCCGACGAAGGCGGAGGACAUCGAGUUCUGCCUCACUGUCUCAAACCGCGACCGGCAGAGACGCCUGGAGAACCCCGACCUUCCGUUUGGCGUGAAGAUCAACGCAUGGAGAUGCGCCAAAGACGAGCGCGAUGCAGAGCAACGAUGCGCCGUGUCGCACAUCAUCACCAACCUCGUCCUACGCCCCGACCCCCUCCGUCCUUCCGAAGUCUCUGCUCUCGCAAACACCCAUGCAUCAGACGAGGCUGUCGACUUGCGCCUCAGCGACUUCCACCCCGGCUUGCCGUCCGAUGUCCCAGUACGCAUCACGAAGCAGGCGAUCUUGGAACUUGUCGAUCGAGCAGCCGUGGCGCAGUGCAAGGAAGAUGCUCAGGUGGCAGCGAUGAGGAACUCCCAGAAACAGAUUUGCGGGCGUCGAAUCGAUCGGCAAAGACCAGCUCACUAG